CCUAUGCUGGCAGGCUCCAACUGAUCAUCUCGGUGCUCUCUUCUUUUCAAGUCUACUGGGCUUCGUUGUUUGUCCUUCCCAGUUGAAAUGGUGACUAAUGCUAUGGAGAAAUUGAUGCGUUCCUUUCUGUGGUCAGGGAGUGAGCUGAUAAAAGGUAAGGUGAGAGUUGCUUGGAAGGAUGUGUGUUAGCCCAAGAAUGAGGGGGGACUGGGUAUUCGGCCUCUGAGAAGGAGAAAUUAUUCCCUGAUGGCUUAUCAUCUCAGGAGCAUUUUGUUGAGGAGAGAGUCUAUGUGGGUUAAGUGGGUUCAUACAUAUAGGCUGCGGGGAAAAAAAUUUGGACUGUUCGAGUUGCUUGGGAUGCCAGCUGGGGCUGGGCUUAAAUUCUCAGUACGAGGGAAGAAUUUAGAAAGCACAUAAGGGUUAAUGCGGGUGCAAAAUACAUCCUUGUGGUACGACAAUUGGCACCCGAUGGGCCCUUGGAAAUGAUCAGUCCUUACAGAAUUUUCUUUAACUCGGGUCUAACUCCAGAAGCCAAGGAUGGAGAGAUAUUUCAAUAAAAGUCAACAAAGAUCUCAACACUUGAACAAGAGGAAAAUAUUUCUGAUUCAAGUAAAAAUGUGGAUGCUGAUUUGUGAGAUCUUCCUGCGGAUCUAGGCUUAAGACCUCGAAUUUCAGAUUAUAAUCCUAAUAUUGAAGAUCAAAUUCAAAGAAUAUAUUUGAAAAGGGGUCUUUGUCAACCUAAGGGCCAUGAGUUUCCUUCUAGGUAUUUUGGUGGAUUUUCAAGACGUUUUGUUGUUUCUUGGUUUAGUGAAUUUGAUCAAUGGUUGGAAUAUAGUGCAGUAAAAGAUGCUACGUUCUGUCUUUAUUGUUAUCUUUUUAUGCCAGAUGGUGAUAAAGGGGGUGGUGAUCGCUUUGUUGGUCAAGGGUUUUCAAAUUGGAAAAAGAAAGAAAAAUUGAAUAUUCACAUUGGAGGUUCUAAUAGUACUCAUAACUAAGCUCGAAGAAUGUGUGAAACAUUAUUGAAUCAAGAUCAACAUAUUCAGAAAUUUUUUUAUCGACAUUCUUUUCAAGCACGAGCAGAGUAUCGAACUCGUUUAAAUGCUACAGUUGACUAUCUUCGUUUUCUUUUAAGGUGAGGACUAACAUUUUGUGGUUAUGAUGAAUCCUAUCAUUCAAGCAACUGAGGGGAUUUUCUCGAGUUUCUACAAUUUCUUGCUAAUCAUAAUUAAGAUUACAAUGCUGUUGCUUUCAAGAAUGCUCCUGAUAAUCUCAAAUUGACAUCACCCGAGAUUCAAAAAGACAUUGUAAGUGCUGCUUUAAAUGAAAUCGUAAAUGCUAUCAUUAGAGAUUUUAUAGAUUCAUUAUUCGCUACAAUGAUUGAUGAAUCUCGUGAUUUUUCUAGGAAGGAACAAAUGAUUAUUGUCUUACAUUAUGUUAACAAGAAUGAACUUGUUGUGGAGCGUUUUUUAGGUGUUGAACAAGUUACUAGUACCACAACUCUCUCACUCGAGGCAACAUUUGAUAAUUUCUUAUCAAGGCAUGGGUUGAGUUUUUCUAGAUUGCGAGGACAAGGUUAUGGUGAAGUUAGUAAUAUGCAAGGAGAAUUUAAUAGUUUGAAGACACUAGUUUUGAAAGAGAAUAGAUGUGCUUAUUAUAUUCAUUGAUUUACCCAUCAGCUUCAAUUGACUCUUGUGGCUUUGGCAAAGAACCAUGAUGAUGUUAAUGAUUUUAUUAAUAUCGUGACGAUUGUGGUUAAUAUCGUCGGUGCUUAUUAUAUUCAUUGUUUUGCCCAUCGACUCUAAUUGGCUCUUAUGGCUUUGGCAAAGAACCAUGAUGAUGUUAAUGAUUUUUUUUAAUAUCGUGACGAUUGUGGUUAAUAUCGUCGGUGCUUCGUUAAAGCAUUGUGAUUUUCUUGGAGAUAAGCAAGCUUGUAAAGUUAUUGAAGCUCUUUCUAGUGGUGAACUUUCAAAUGGAAAAGGCCUCAAUCAAGAGACUAAUCUACAACGUGCCAGUGAUACGCGUUGGGGCUUGCAUUAUGGUACGGGUGAUCACAACGUAAGGCUCAAGGUAUCGCAAACGUGCAUCAUUACCGCAUUGAAUUAUUUUAUAAUGUCCUAAAUAUGCAGCUUCAAGAGUUGAAUAAUCGUUUCAAUGAGGGAAGUGGAACGUGAUUGCUGUGCUUAGCGGAGAGGUUAUAAGUUAUGGCUGGAAGGAAGACAAGGAAGACUGAAGUUCUAUUGGUAAUGACAUUGGCACUAUCUCUAUGUGCUGUUUUUGCUGAUGCCACAACAAAUUUUGCUGGGAAUGUUGGCUUGACUCCGUAUUACCGUCGGGAAUGGACUGGCAACCACAAUUUCCAUGUCAAUAACUCUCAAGUGAUCAAGCUGAGUCAACCAGGAACACGAUUCUUCAUCUCCGGUGGACCUGCGGACUGCAAAAUGAAGCUCUACAUCGAUGUGCCCUCUCGGACUAGGCUCACUACCGUCAAGAACAACAGCUGUUGCUCGCAGCAAGAACUUUUGUUUCCUCCAGUGGUGAAGCAAAUGGGUGCUAAAUUUAUGUUUCUCCUAAGCUUCACAUAUGCUGCACCAACAACUCAUCACGUUGGUUACACUUCAGGUUGGCAUCGAGCUUACUACGCUAUGUUUCUCUUAAUCCAGCACUUAAGCUUCGCAAAUGCUGCGCCAAGAACUCCAAAAAUUCAUUAUGUUGGCGACUCUUUGGGUUGGGAUCUUGGUUUGAAUGUUCAACAAUGGGCUGAUUCCAAUACAUUUUCCGUCGGAGAUACUUUAGUAUUCCAAUACACCGUAGAGCAUGACGUGCUAGAAGUGGGGCAAUUGGGUUACAUCAACUGUGAUGCAACGAACGCAAUCCAAGGACACAACAAUGGUUUCACCCGGAUCAAAUUGACUCAGCCAGGCCCACGAUUCUUCAUCUGCAGUCAACUUAGUUACUGCAAUAAUGGCCUCAGGAUGGAGGUAGACGUUCGCCCCUAAGGGGGCGUUUGGUUUAGGGAAUAUUGUAUUAUUGGAAUGUUAUAUUAAUGAAAAAAUAGAUAACCUUGAAGAUUAUUGAAAAUCUUAUUAAAAAUAUGUUUGGUUGAAUAGAAUUAAAUUGAUGGAUAUGUUAUAUU